AAGCCCUGAGCUUCUUCCCGGCAUAUGCUAAAACAUCAUCAUCUGUCCCUCCAAAAAUUCAAAUCUCCCUCCAAAAAGAAACCAUUUCUAUACCAGUAAUAUACAAUACUAGGAUUAUAACAAGGACAGUGAACCCUCCUCCCUGGUUUAUCACAUAAACAUUUGCAUGCCCACCAUGACGAAUCACGAAGACGAUCUGGAUCUCCUUCUCUCUCUUCAAGAUAGGGUUUUGGAAACCCCUCCUGCUUCUCCUUCAACUUUCCACUCCCAAUCACCAGGGUAUCAUUCUGACGAUGGAUUGCCUAAGCGAUCGGGACAUACAGAUAUGUCUGUAUUUCGAAAUGCUGUUGAAGAUUGCCUCGAUUACGAGCCUCAAAAUGUCAAGAAAGAUACCAAAUCCAACAUCCUGAAGAACUCACAUGAUGCCGGGGUUGAGAAGUUUUCGGGUUUACGAAUUCGUAAUCAAGUGGUCUCCUCGACAGAAUUGAGCAAUCGUUUUUCAGAUAUUCGUUUUGUCCGGGUGCCUGCAAUAAAGAAUCUGCUAGUGGGUGAUACUCUUUCUGGUUGUUGGGCUACUGUUGGAGUUUUAACAGAGAAGGGGAAUCCGAAAAAUAGUUCUACUGGGAAGAAAUUUUGCAUAUGGAAAAUCGGGUGUUUAGAUGAAAAGACUAUUUCUGUUUUUCUGUUUGGAGAUGCUUAUCAGAAGAACUGUAAAGAAGAGGCUGGAACAGUCUUUGCACUGUUUAACUGUGGUGUUCGCAAGGACACUUCGGGAUCGGGAUUUACUUUAAGUGCUUAUUCUGCUGGUCAAAUUUUAAAGAUCGGCACUUCUUUGGAUUAUGGAGUUUGCAAGGGAAAAAAGAAGGAUGGGAUGGCUUGUACCUUAGCCAUUAAUAAACACCGUGGAACAUAUUGCACCUACCAUAAAUCAAAAGCAUCCCAGAAAUAUUCAGUUUCCCGAACUGAACUCAAAGGAGGAAAUUUAAGAACAGCCUUUAGGGAUCCUCUCAAGUCAGAAGGGAUUUACUGUGUUGAUCCUCUGGCUGACAGAACAAACUUAAAAAAAUCCAUGCAGCCAGUCAAGUUGUUGUCUGUAGAGGGAUUAAAAAAGGCUUUAAGUAAUGCUGACAAAGUGACAACAAAUAUACACUCCCAAGGAAUAAGAUUUCUUGCUGAAGUCACAGGUAUAAUGGGUUCAAAAACUAAAAGUAAGAUUCAUGCCAUGCCAAAGCCACAAAGCGUGGAGAAGAGGUCGUUAUCAACUGCAAAACUAGAUUCAUCUGCAGCAAGAAGUCAACAACCAAAUGCAAAAAGAACAAAAACUGAGCAGCAGGCGAAACCUUCAGCAGAGAAAACCAAGCAGGUUAGAGAAAAGAUGAUUGAAUUAGAAUUUGUUAGUUCAGACGAAGAAAUUUGAGUCUGCCGUAUUAAUUCUCUUUUAAGACUUAAUCCCUUGUUAUGAUAGAGGCUCCAUUUGGUGGAUAGUCACAAUGCAAUUAAGAAGUAUUUAUAGUUGAGAAUUAUAGCUUCUACAAGUUGUAAGAAGUAGAAAUCAAUGUUAAUGACAUUUCUUCUAUUUGAAAUAUUGGCCUUAUAGGGUUCGCAUAAACUAUUGAACACUUACUAAUGAUUUCUGAUUAGAAAAAUCUCUCCUGUCAUAAAGGAGUUGAGUGAACAAGUUGAGAAACUUGGAAGUGUGUAGCAAUUUGGCUUGAAAACGAUU